AUGGAAGAUUGGGCUAAAGGCUUUAAAUCUUAUUCCUUAAAAGACCUUAGAUUUGAACAAGAAAAUGAGACUACUAAAGUUCUUGGGGAAUUUACCCAAGAAAGGAGUAGAUUAAAUGAAAUAGGGACUUGUAAUGGCACUAGCAGAGGGAGUCCAGCUGUGACUAAAUUCCCAUCUCCGACUUUUCCUAAAAAGAAGCUUAAAAUGCAGUCUAAAUACUCUAAUAACACUAAUAGAGUGCAUCAUAGCUUUAGAAAUAGUGGAAAUAUUGUUAGAAUAGAAGACCCAUGAGAAUCAAAUUAUGGUUUGAAAAGUUCUCACGAAGAUCUGCUGACCAAAAAGAACUACUUUAAGGCUUUUGGCAUAAAAAGAUUUAAAAACAGCAAGCUUUUAGCAACUGUCAGAGGAAGAUAUAAAUCCAACACUUCUACCUUCAGAAAUACCAAUAAGAACUGAAAAUCUCUAUCCCAGAUCAGGAAUGCAGAGGCGAAGGUAGUUUUACCUUUUGACUCAACUUCGCUUGAGGAGGACUCAAAGAGAAACUCUACUUUUGCGAAAUAAAUCUUCUCAUAUUAGAAACAAACUGAAAAAUCAGAUUAAUGCUUAUAUAAAAUAAUAUCAGGCUGAGAAUUCCAAGAAAUUCAGUUGAAGAGAGGCGGAUCGCAAACUUGAGUAAACUUGGUAACAAUAUCUUCCCGGGAAAGUCAAUGUUGAAAAUGAUGAAGAACAAAACCUCUCAAGAUUUACCUGCUCAGACAGGAAGUCUGAGUAAUCUCAAGACCAAAAGAGUAAUGAACUUAAUGCACAACCCUGGCGAUUAUGAAGAGAGUAAAGGGUACAUUGACUGCUUGGUUCCAAGACCUGAUUCAAACCCUAGUGCGAAAGAGAAUAUUCCAACUUACAGAAAUCCCCUCUCUGUUUCUAUAAGCCGAAAGGUCCCUACAAAGCCCAUCCUCAGUAUAAUCAGAGCGAAAUCAAAAGUGUCGAAAAAGACCAGAAUCAGGCUGAACCAGUUGACUAAGAUUUUCAAUAACCAGCGAAACGCUUUUGCUGGAAGCAAGAUCUUACAUUUAUCUGAGAAAUAAAUGUAAUUUUCAAUAGAA